UGCAUUAUCAAGAAAAUGUGCUUGGCAGGUUCAGUAUGGAAAGAUGUCAUUUUUCGUCUUGCAAUUAAAGUGACGGACCUGCACAAAUCUCCAGAAAAUCUUGCCCAGAAGCUACCAAAUCUCAUUGAACUGUAUCUCCGUUCCAACAACAUUGACAUCAUUCCAGAAGCUAUCGGAAGCCUGGCCAAGCUGCAGUCCCUGGACCUGAGCGACAAUGCCUUGCAGGUCCUGUGCCCGGAGCUCGGCCGCCUGCGCUCCCUGCGACACCUGCGCCUGGCAAACAAUCAGCUGAAGUCCCUUCCCCCAGAGAUCGGGGACCUGAGGGACCUGGAGACUCUGGACGUGUCCAUGAACUGCCUGAGCGCCCUGCCGGAGAGGCUGCACCAGUGCUUGUCCCUGCAGUGCCUGACCGCCGACCGCAACAGCCUGCGCUGCUUCCCUCGCCAGCUCUGCCAGCUGCACAGCCUCAACGAGCUCUCCAUGGCGGGCAACUGCCUGGCCUUCCUGCCCCUGGAUCUAGGGCGGUCUCGGGAGCUGCAGUUUGUCUUUGUUGACAACAACAUUCACCUGAAGGGCCUCCCAUCCUACCUGUAUAACAAGGUGAUUGGCUGCAGUGGGUGUGGCCUGGCCAUGCACGUGCCCGACGGGAGACUGCUGGCCAUUGACACGGGCGAGCUGACCGUCCCGCUGCCGGCGGAGGUGAAGGCCGUCGGCUCGGAGCGGGACUACGUGCUGCCCCUCGAAGAACUGACCAUGCGGGCUCUCCACACCUUGUACAGCCCCCUCCUCAAGGCCCUGAACGCCUUGCCCCCGAUCUCGCUGCCCAAGAGCCUGUUCGAGCUCCUGCAGUGUCCGCUGGGGCACUGCCAUCGCUGCAGCCAGCCCAUGUUUACCAUCGUCUACCCCAAGCUCUUCCCCCUGAGGGAGACGGCCCUGGCCGGCGUGCACCGCAGCAGAGAACCCCCUGAGAUACUGCAGGAGUUUGAAGAGGGCUGUGCGUGUGUCUGCCAGCCCGAGCCCUCAGUCUGUGCACGUCCAAGCCAGGGACGUUUGAAUCAGCAGUGUACAAUCAAUGCACAUGGACACCGAGCGGCCCUGAGCGGUGCCAACAGCAGACAGCGGGACGACGGUGAGCUUUGUCGCCUACUGCUGCUCCAGUCAGUGUCUGCGGAUGUUCGCCCUGCAGAGGUGAUUCUCAGGGUGCAGGAAGAGGUCACCGAAGCUCCCUUUUCACGGGGUCAACGUCUUGAAUCUCAAAAGAAAAGCCCGCUUUGUGGACGCAGGAACGCCGCCUCACUGCCAGUGACUUACAGUACGAGCUGGAAAGAGCAGUGUGGGUCGGCUGCCCCUUUCAGGAUUCUCCCAGACAAGCAGCCCAACGGAGAACAGAGCUCUGUUGUGUGUUUGUGUGCAGUAAAGCGACUGUUUGUGUUUUUUGCUUCUUUUGGUAUUUUAGUUCUUCUGUUGCACAGUUCACCCUGAGCACACUCAGAAGUAUAAACUCCCGACUUCGGAGCAGCAUCUUCCCCUGGGAUGUCCUGUGUGAGAUGGUACCCCUUUUUUUGAUGUGGAACUUUUGUUCUUGUUCUUGGUAAAAGCAAUGGUCAAAAUGAUAAGCAGAUUUCUACCUUGUAGAUCAAUGAUACAAUGUAAAUGACUUCAGUGAACUCUUAUUUCUACUGUUUUUCCCCUGUUUGGCAUCCAGAUCAUCUCCAGAUUACAAUUUAAGCAUCUUUUUGGACAAGUAUGUAUCUUCAUUUUUUUUCUCUAACCUUUUUUUGGAACUUAAUUCAUACUUCCCCAUGAAUACUUUGAUCUAAUUUGAAAAAUGUCCACGUGUUUUUUCCCCCAAAAUGAUUGAUUGUAUCCCUUUGUUCCAUUUAAAAUUGGCUCCUGAUUCGCAUGUUCAUGUGCUUUCUCUUACUUUCCUCUGUCCAUGAGACAUAGUAGGAAUUCUGCCUUUUUUAUCCAGAGGACGGACAGAACGGAAAGGUUUUUUUGCAGCUCCUCAUGCUUGUAUUUGUUUGUGUGUUGGGCUGUGCAUACAGAAUAAAUUCUUAAUGAUAUUA